AUGGAAUCUUCAAGACGAUAUACUGUAUCUGUAGCUGUUCCUGUGUCUUGCUUAAAUGAGGCUGGCAAUCUGCAAUUGAAAAGUGCCCUUGUUUAUCAGAUUGCAAGACUGGCUAUUGUGUACGAAAUCGAUGAGAUUAUCUUAGUUGCUGAUCCGGAGAGUGUACAACAGACGCAAAAUGCUACUGCUUCCUCUGAUUGCUAUAUACGGGAUCCCUUAAAAUUCUUUUCUGAUAUUCUUGGUUAUAUGGAAACUCCUACCUUUAUGCGUAAAACUCUAUUUCCUUUACUUCCUCAUCUAAAAUAUAUGGGAUUGUUCCCUGUAAUUCAGCUCCGCAACGAUUCUAGUCAAGUACUCGAUAAAAAUUUUCCCUACAAAGAAGGUUAUGUUCUUAACCAGUUUCCUCGCUCCAAAAACAAAUACCUUGUUCAUGCUGGGUUUGAGCAUCCCGUUCAAGUUACUUCUACACAACCUCUUUCAGCCAAAGACAGACUCACCAUUCGGAUGAAGCCACAAGCUCCAAAUGCCGAAGGAUAUUUGCAAGGCGACAUAGUCUCUUGUACAGCUCCUCGUGAAAAAGGAGGAAGGUAUUGGGGAUUUCAAAUUCGCCAUUCCAGUUCGCUAAGCGAUCUUCUCAAAGGACCUUACAAGGGUGGCUAUGAUUUAAAGGUACAAAUAAAUAAUUCCACCCAUGUUUCUCCUGCGGAUUUAUCAAACAACUUAGAAUCCUCUUUCCGUCACGUAUUACUGUUGUUUGGAAAUGCUUAUGAAGACCAACGAGUUGAUGACUUACACACCAUCAAUCCAUUUCCAUUUGUGCUUCCUAUUCAACCAAGGUUAGAGGAAAAUUUUUUGGCCGCCAUGGCUCCUCUCUCUAGCGUUUUGAAAUGUCAUGGACGACACUAG